CUGGCCUCCACACCACCACUUUCAGGGGACUGGGGCAUCUGCUGUACAUAAAACCCGGGGAGAAACGAGUCUUGUGAAGACCUUGAAAGAAACCGACCAUUUCCACAAGCGUGUGCCUAAGUCUAAAUAGUACAAAAGCUACCGUGGGCCCUAGGAAGCCGGCGAGUGGAUUUUCAGAAGACGGAGCGGCGAGCAGCGCGGGGCUGUCAGACCUCCAGGAGGUGGUCUCCUUGAAGGAGCGGAUGGCGAGGUACCAGGCAGCUGUUUCAAGGGGCGACUGCCGCAGCUUCUCUGCCAAUAUGAUGGAGGGAGCAGAAAUGCGCAGUGUCCCUGGUGGCUUGGCCAGGGUGAAGAGGCAAUUCGAGGAUGAAAUCGCCGCUUCUCGUAAUACCUUUUCUCAGUAUCAACACCAGCAACAGAGCAGAUCUGAGCAGGAAGUAAUUGGUGGCAGCCAGAUCAACAUCUCAAAAUGCAGUCAGGAAAUGGAAGGAAAUGAACAAGAAGCUUCCCAAAAGCAUGAGGCUGAAGUUCUUGGAACAGAAAUGUUUGCUUUCAUUGAUACACCUGAGGAUGAAGAGAUUCCGAAGGUUUCCACUAAGUUUUUAAAAGAACAAUUUGAAAAGUCUGCCCAGGAAAAAGCCCUUUAUUCUGACAAAGAGACAACAGCCCCAGCGAAGCAUAUUAUGAUUGAAAAUGAAUAUGAAGAAACUUUAAAACCAUCUUCAGUUGUGGAUACCUCUUCCACUUCUUGUGCUUCAAGCAGCCAGAGAAAGGCAAAGUUAUCAACAAGAUAUAAUAACCACAGUGUCACUUCCUCCACUCUGGAACAAGUUAAUGCCAAUUCUGUAGUAGAAGCAGAAGAAUUUCCUCCUCCCCCACCAGAUAUACUUCAAACUCCAAUAGAUGUGACAGUAUCUUCCCAGUCCCCUGAAUUGCCAAGCCCAGCUGGAAGACCACUAGUCCCCAAGGACUUAUAUUUCAAGCAAAGAAAUCUGUAUGAAUUAAACCGUUUAUAUAAACACAUCCAUCCCGAAUUAAGAAAAAACUUAGAAAAAGAUUAUAUCAGUGAAGUUUCUGAAAUUGUUUCUAGUCAAGUGAACCUGGGGAGUUCAGUUUUAGCAGAUGUACAACAAGCCCGGUCUGUUUUUGAAAAUACAAGUGACGGGUCUCAGAAAGAUCUGAGUUCUGAAAAAGAACGCAUGGAAUGGGAUGAAAUUCUGAAGGGGGAGGUGCAGUCAAUCAGAUGGAUCUUUGAAAAUCAGCCAUUAGAUUCCAUCAACAAUGGCUCCCAGGAUGAAGGUAGCAUCCCUAAGAGCAUCACUGAUCAAGAAAUCAUUGCUGGGGGGGAUGUGAAGUACACCACAUGGAUGUUUGAAACCCAACCCAUAGAUACCCUGGGGGAUCGUUCUUCUGGUGUGGAAGAAAAUGAUGAGAAAAUUCCUGAGCUAGCCAGAGGAGAUGUACGUACAGCCCGGUGGAUGUUUGAAACAAAGUCAUUGGCUGCACUGAAUAAAAUACAUCAAAGUGUUGAAGAUUCAGAGGAAACCAUCGUCAAGGAUAUAACUGGAGGGGAUGUCAAGACUGUGAGAUACAUGUUUGAGACUCAGCACCUAGACCAACUUGGACAGCUCCAUUCAGUGGAUGAGGCUCACCUGCUGCAACUCAGGUCUGAGCUCAAAGAAAUUAAAGGAAAUGUGAAGAGAAGUAUAAAAUGUUUUGAAACUCAACCUUUAUAUGUCAUCCGAGAUGGUUUAGGCCAAAUGUUAGAAAUUAAAACUGUUCACAGAGAAGAUAUUGAAAAGGGCAACGUGAGAACAGCACGUUGGAUGUUUGAAACACAGCCCUUGGACAUGAUUAAUAAAGAAGUCAUAGAAAUUAAAGUUGUCCGAGGAAUAUCCAUGGAGGAAAAUCUCAAAGGUGGAGUGAGCAGGGCAAAGUGGUUAUUUGAAACCCAACCCUUGGAGAAAAUCAAAGAGGAGACAGAAGAAGUAAUUGCUGAAAAGGAAAUGAUAAUAGGUGCGGAUGUCUCCCAAAAGUGCUGGAUGUUUGAAAGGCAACCAUUAGAUGUUCUAAAAGCAGGUCCUGAUGCAGGUGCUCUACCACCUGGGGAGAGAAUAGGUGGUGACGUGCAAGCUACUAAACAUCUAUUUGAAACCCUUCCAAUAGAGGUUUUAAAAGAUAGCCCUGAUGUAGGAAAACUUCAAAAAAUCACUGCCUCCAAAGAAGAAAAGGGGGAUGUUAGGCAUCAGAAAUGGCUUUUUGAGACCCAGCCUCUAGAAGAAAUCCGAGAAGAUAAGAAAGAGUACAUGAGGACUGUGAGGCUUGAAGAGGUUGACAGGGGAGACGUGAGGAGUUACACACACAUUUUUGAAUCAAACAACUUGGUUAAAUUUGAUGCAUCGCAUAAAACAGAGGUGGAAGGAGUCACAAGAGGUGCUGUAGAGUUCAAUAAAUCUCUCUUUGAGACAAUGCCACUGUAUGCCAUUCAAGAUCACCUAGGAAAAUAUCACCAGGUGAAGACCGUUCAGCAAGAAGAAAUCCUAAGAGGUGAUGUGAGAAGCUGUAGGUGGCUUUUUGAAACACGACCCAUAGACCAGUUUGAUGAAAGCAUUCAUAAAUUUCAGAUUAUUAGAGGCAUAUCUGCUCAAGAAAUACAGGCUGGAAAUGUGAAAUCUGCCAAAUGGUUGUUUGAAACCCAACCUCUUGAUUCAAUCAAAUAUUUCAGUAACGUGGAAGAAAUAGGCAGUGAAACUGAACAAGUUAAAGAAAUUGUUAAAGGAGAUGUCAAAACCUGUAGAUGGCUUUUUGAAACACAGCCAGUUGAAUCCCUUUAUGAAAAAGUUUCAUUGGUGACUGACAGUGAAGAAAUUCAUAAGGGAGAUGUCAAAACCUGUACUUGGCUUUUUGAAACUCAGCCGCUUGAUACCAUCAAAGAUGAAUCUGAACCAACAGUCAAACCACAAACUGUAAAACAGGAGGAGAUCCAGGGUGGAGAUGUCCGCACAACGUGUUUCCUUUUUGAGACAGAAAAUUUGGACAGCAUCCAGGGAGAAGACGGAAAGGAUCUCAGGACAGUGGAAAUGACCAUCCAAGCCGGGGAUGUUUCUGGCAUGCGGUACAAAUUUGAAAACCAGUCCUUAGAUUCCUUAAGUUCCAGUUCAGAGGAAGUUCUGGAAAAGAUCAAAACCCUGAAAUCUGAAGAUAUUCAAAAAGGCAAUGUUUUACAUUGUAGGUGGCUUUUUGAAAACCAGCCAAUUGAUAGGAUCAAAGCAAGGCAAGAAGAUGAUGGAUCCAUCAAGACAGUGACAGACAUCCAAGGUGGGGAUGUAAAAAAGGGGUGCUUUCUUUUUGAGACAUUUUCUUUAGAUGAGAUUAAAGAAGAAUCCGACGAGGUGAGCACAGAGGAAAGAAAGACUGGAGAAGGAAAGAGGGGUGAUGUGAAAAGUUACAGGCUGCUCUUUGAAACGCAGCCACUCUACGCAAUCCAAGACCGAGAAGGGAGUUACCAUGAAGUGACAACAGUUAAGAAGGAAGAAGUAAUUCACGGAGAUGUACGAGGUACACGGUGGCUUUUUGAAACAAAACCGCUAGAUUCAAUUAAUGAAUCUGAGUCCGUGUAUAUUAUUAAAUCUGUCACCCAACAAGACAUUCAGAAGGGAGAUGUCAAUUCUGUCCGAUACAGGUUUGAAACCCAGCCACUGGAUAAGAUUUCUGAAGAAUCGCAUGAUAUCGUGUCCUCUGUUGACUACAUUCAAGGUGGCAAUGUAAAGACCAGUACACAGUUAUUUGAGUCAGAAAAUGUCAACCAAAAUACUGUUAUAAGAACAGUAAGUGUCAACGAAAUACAAAAGGGGAAUGUGAAAACCUCUACUUGGCUAUUUGAAACCCACACUCUAGGGGAACUCAGAGGAGAAGGAUCUGAAUAUGAAAAUAUUAAAACCGUCACCCAGGAAGAUGUGCAGAAAGGGGAUGUGAAGCAGGCAGUGUGGCUUUUUGAAAAUCAAACCUUAGAUUCUAUUAAGGAGGCAGAGGAGAACAUUACAAAAAUAAUCAAAGAAGAAGUCCCUCCUUCUGACGUCAAGACAACAACCUGGCUCUUUGAAACAACGCCACUUCAUGAAUUUAAUGAGAAGAAGGUGGAAAAGGUGGCCGUUAUCGGCAAGAGCAUUAAAGAGACCUUAGAAAAACUCUACUCUCAAAAAGUUAUUGAGGCUCCUGGAAUCAUCAUUGAAGCUGAUGAAGUGGGGGACAUCCGAAUGGCAAAAUACAAGCUCAUGAAUCAAGCAUCUCCUGCGAUACAGAAAGAAGAAAUUGUCAAAGGUGAUCUCAGAAACAUAAUGGUAAAUCUACUUUCCAAAAGAGAUAGUACAAAAAGGGAGAUCUGGGUUAGUGAGGAAGAGAAGGGCAAUGUAAGCGUCACCCAAACUCAGCUAUUAAACAGAUCAACAGAAUUUCAUGCUGAGAAAGAAGAGGUAGUGAGCGGUGAUGUCAAACAAGCAAUCAAAAACCUGCUUUCGGAAGAAAGAUCUGUCAAGAAAGGCAUUGUAAUUCAGGAAGAUGAAAGGGGCGAUAUUAAUAUGACAAUCUAUUGUCUUCUUCAUGAAAAUGAAGAUAACAUGAUUGAGCGUGAAGAAGUAAUCGGGGGUGAUGUAAAACGCACCAUUCAUAACCUGUUGUCUUCUACCACAAAGAAUAAAAUAGCUGAAAGGGCGAAAAUUGACGCUUCUGAAAGAGGAAAUGUUCAGUUUUUCACAACAUGCAUAGAAAGUGGAGUUUGGGAUUAUCUCAAACAACUCCAGACAGAGUCAGAUGAAACUCUAACUGCUAGGAAACAAGAGGAAGAGGAAGAAAUAAUUGGGGGCGAUGUUGAGGGUACAAAGCUCUUACUAAAGAAGAGGCAGUCUCAAAUUGAACGCACUAUAAAUGAAGCUGACAUUGUACCAGGAGAUGUGCAGAGUACAGUGAAGAUGUUCAUGACAGAGCCUCAGAGCACAUCUUGUCAGACAUCGAAAGAAGAAAUUAUAAAAGGUGAUUUGAAGUCAACACUUGGUUCUCUCAGUCAGGCCUCAAAGCAGAAAACAAUGGCCAAGACAGAAGAAAUGAUGAAAGGUGACAUGCUGGCCACACUCAAGUCACUUAAAGAAUCAAGCCAGCAGUGGGCGGAAGCUAGACAACCUGAUGCCAACACUGGUGAUAUUGAGCAGACUAUUGAAAGGCUUGAAAAAGCCGCCUUCACCCGGGCAGAAAUCAUGAAAAAGGAGCUAAUCCGAGAUGGCCUUCAGACAUCAUUAAGGUCUCUGAAAGAAGCGCAGAGCCCUUUCAAAGAGGUACAAAAAGAAGGUGUACUCAAAGAAGAUGUGCAGGCUGCAGGGUUAGGAAUCUCCAAAGAGCAGAACACAGAGAUGCGCCAGGUUAAUGUCUACAGAGACAAAAAGAGUGUCCUUCAGCCAAGACCAGGACCACUGGAGUCAACAGCCAGAUAUCAAGGUGGCACAGACACAGUUCAACAACCUACUGAGAGAUCUUGUUAUGAUAAUUUAAUAGAAGGAAAGACGGAGAUGAGUCUUCCCAAAGCUCCCAAAGGUACUGUGAAGAUUGUCAUAGAUCGUGAACACAACAAUGACGCGCUGGAGAAAAGCCUGAGGAGGCUGUCUCAGUCACGUCACGGGGCCAUUGGGGAGGAGUUAGCGUUGGGGGAUAGAAUAGGUGUCUGCAACGAUACUGCAACAGAUCGGCAUCAGAGAGAUGUACAUAUAAGCCAACAAUUGACUUCAACUGUUUCUAUUCAGGAAAACCUAAAAACUAAGGAAUCGGCAAUGUUGAGAGAGCAGAAGAAGGAUGAUGUCUUUAACUCCGCCCAGUCUAUCGAUAAAGUAGUUGGAAAACAACAGAGACAAACGUGUGAGCUGAAGAAUGGCACCCAGAUGACUGAGGUGCCCCACAGGAAGACGCCUAAAGUGACCCAAAACACGAAAAUGACAGCAGAAACCCCCAGCCCCAAGCCUAGUCCUACCCAGCGGCUAGUCAGCACGCCCGCUAGAGACACUUGCCAAGUCACAGAGGACUUUCAGAAGCAAAGUUUGUUAAAGAAAGAAACACAAGAGUCUAAUAAGGAUAUCAUGAAAAAUAAGACAUUUCAACCUGUAUGGCAACCUUCACCUGUAGAUCAGGGCCUCUCAAAUGCUACCCAAGUGAAAGUCUCUGGAAAACACCACAGUAAAUUCAAAGCAACUGACAGAAAGCACAAGUCUGAUGUUCAUCUGCAAAGCCAGGACGCGCUCAUGAAGACACAGACGUCAACAGACUUGAAAGUGGCAAUGGCAAAGAACUUUAAUCCAGUCAACGCUAACCUUGAGAAUAAUGUAAAAGAAAGUGAAAGCCCCCUUCCACUUCCAUCCCCACCUCCUCCUCUGCCUUCCAACGCUUCAUCUGAAGUAGAAUUUCCACUCCCUCCUCCGCCUCCCUUCAUGAUGUGGCCAGACAAAAGUAUGUUUCCUCCCUCCCUGUCUACAGGGAAGACACAAGCUGAGUUUGAAAGCUUCCCAAGCCUCCCUCUUCCACCACCUCCCAUGGAUGAGAAAUCUGAGAAAGAAUGCCUAUCAACCUUUCUGCCUCUCCCCCCUCCUCCAAUUGUGUCUCAAAAACCAACAUAUCUUUCCUCGGCUGUUCAAGACAAUUACAGUGGAGCAUUCAUUCAGCCGUGCUUCCAAGAAGAAACCACAAGCUCUGAGCAAACUCACUCUCAGACCAAAACUGUGAGAGGAAAAACUGGCAAGGUUUUUCCACCGCCAACAUUACCCAAACCAACAUUUUUCAAGCAGAAGCAAAAGGAAGACGAAAAGAAUCAUUUCGCAGAAGCCGAAUCAGCUAAUAUCCUGCCAGAUACAGACUGUAAAAUUACUGCCUCACAAGAUCAGAAAGGAGUCAUGAUGGGGACCAGCAGCGAGCGCGCGAAGACAGCACAGAAUAUAUUGAAACAGUCAUCUGGUGGAUCUCCAAAAUCUCUCUCAGAAAUGUCACCACCCAAGGAAAACCAGGGAGCUCCUCUUCUAAAAUCCCAUUCACUCCCAGGGGGUUCAGGACAACAAAGUCCAAAACCUUAUAUGAGAAAAUUUAAGACGCCUUUAAUGAUUGCUGAGGAAAAAUAUAGGCAGCAAAGAGAAGAGCGUGAAAAACAGAAACAGGAGCGUUCUUCCGACAACAUAGUCAAAACCGAACAUCAAACGCAGAACAUACAGGAGUCGGAAAAGGAAAUGCUAUCCCGACAAGCAAAUGAAGCAUUUCCUGCAGCUGGACAGAGUUCUGCCAUCAGUCCAGGCCACCCCGAGGCAGCGUCUCAGCGUCAGGCUCCGUUACCAGGAGUUGGCACCGACAGCCACCUCACCGCAGCAUCAGCAGUGUCAGUCGCUGCCCAGAGACUCCAACAUGUCUUAGCAGCUUCAGAAGACAAAGAUAGUUUCACAAAGGAAGCAAUAGAGAGGUCAAGGGACAUUAUCCAUCCUAAAUCAGCUUGUGAAAUUCAACAGCGUCCCCAAGAACGCAGUACAAACCGGAAGUAUCUGGAGCAGUUGCCCUUGACCCCAAUCAAGCAAGUUCCUCCAACUUUUAAAGCGAAACCCAUCAAUUCCCCACCUCUAGAUUCUAAAUCAAAUGAAACAGACCCUCACCAUGGAAGUCAUAAAAACCAAUAUGACGUUCAUGUUCAAACCAUCACUAAACAACAGUACCACGAGAGUGAGAGAACUGAAGCAAGCACCAAAUGCAAUACGAAGCUAACUUCAGCAGAAAACGAUUGCCAGUUAGCCAAGAAAGAGACGAGCGUGGCCGUGAACAUGCCUACGGAAACCGCAGAGAAGACCCGAGACCGAAAGCCCAAUAGGGUUCCUGAGCAGCAAAAAGAACAUAAAGAACCUGUGAGUGGGAAACUCCUAGAAAACCAGGGACCAUCCGUGAUCGGCCCCAAAGAAGAAACGAUAGUGGAAAGAGCACAAGAACAUUUGAUGAAAGAAUCUGCACAGAAGGUGGUCGUGCAAAAGGAUUUUGAUGCACAUCUUGAUUCACAGACUUGGGCUUUUCAACACACCCAGACACAGGCUUGGGAAAAUAGAGUUGAGCGUCACAACUCGCCCCAGCCCUGUCGUCGUCUGCAAGAAGAAAAACGUCUUCAGGUCAGGGGCACCCGACAGAAACCAGUCUGCUCAAACACGGAAGAUUCAAAGCAAGAGAUUACACAGGACAGAUCUUUAAUUUCUUCCGUGAAAGAAUCCCAGCAGGAUGAUGGAAAAUGUGCUGUAAAUAUCUUGGAAUUCUUGAGAAAACGUGAAGAACUGCAGGAGAUUUUGUCUAGAGUGAAACGGUUUGAAGCAGAGUCAAAUGAAAAUGGUCUUAAAACCUUUCAGGCGCUGUUAAAUAUUAUUCCAGUGUGGCUGCUAAGCGAAGAAAGAAGAUGCUAUGGAGUCCGCAUUGCCAUGGAAAAUAACUUAGCACAAAUGAAAGAAGAAGUAAUGCAUAUCAAAACUCAAGCAGAGAAUAUGCUUGCGUCCUCUGAGAACACAAUUCAAACAGCCAUGAUGUCAUCGAAAGGAAGAAACCUGAGAACCAAGCCUACUAGUGUUCCUGCCACAGCAUCGAAAACGCCUACUGUGAAGGGCAGCUCUAAGGACAGCAUCAAGCUGAAAGAAAACAAGACUGUAGAAGAGAAAACAGCUCAUCAUCAGGAAACAAACACUGUUCACAAGGAUGUGAAGAUCCACCAGGAAACUAAACUAGUUGACAGCAGAAUGUCUCCUUCCUGUUUAAAAACACGACCACAGUCACCUACUUUUAUAACAAUUGAGUCUACCGCACGACGAGCACAAACCCCUAUUAAGGAUGAGCUGUCCCAGUCCCCCAAGCAGGACCACUCUGCUGACGCACCACCCCCCCCUCGAAGGCUCGUAUCACACACAGCUGGAACGCAUAGAGCAAGCAGCUCCCCGUCUCCAGCCAGGAGUUGCUCUGAACAACUUGUCAAGCUGAAAGACACCACUGCUAAGUUAUCCCGAGGGACCACCCCAAGUCCUUCAGGAACCCCAGUUCCGAUUGGAGAGAAGAGGGCUGAGAUCAUCCCGUCUCCUGCAACGCUUCGCCGUCAAAUUAAGAUAGAAACUCGUGGCGGGGACUCCCCACCGACAAUCACAAUACCAGUCACUGUCGAUCGCGGUUCUAGUGGCUCCUUUAGAGAAGCUAUGGAAGCAAACGAGCAAGUCAGGAAAGUAGAGAAGAGGACGAUUUAUACUCACAAAGACGGAGCUCACUCCCCUAACCCCAUAAUGCCAGAUGAAGAAAGUUUUGACGCAGUUGAAAUCAUCCGCAAGGUCGAAGUGCCUCAACUCUCAGGGCACACGCAGAGAUAUGCAGCAGCCAACCGAACUGUUCAAAUGGCUGACAAUUUUGUCAAUGGCUAUGAACAUGAUAUAAACAGAUGGUUCAGGGAGCUUGAGAAUGGCCCAGUGUUUGAAGCAAAGUCAAAUAGAAGAGUUUAUGCAAAUGGAGAAGCAAACCAUCAUAGACAGCAAGGAAGUCGUGCGUUUUGUAAUGAGGAAUUUGGGUUAACAUCUUUAGAAAGUGGAAGUUUCAGAGGCUUUUCUUGCAGACAUCCCAGAGAGCUGCAAGAAACAAUUCCUUUCAAACAGCCCGGGGUAGGCUUUGAAGCCAGGUCUCUGAGUGAACGUUUCUCAGGCAUGGAUGCAUUUGAAAGUCACGUUGCUGGGUCAAAGACGGAAGCCUCUUCCUCAUGCGGCGCAGAAACCAAGAGAGCAGGCUUGGACUUCAAGCAUGCCCCUCCAACCUAUGAAGAUGUCAUUGCCGGCCACAUUUUAGAUGUUUCUGAUUCGCCAAAGGAGCUGAGGGGGAAUUUUCAGAACACGUGGCAGGAGAGUGGCAGAGUCUUUCAAAGCCUAGGGUAUGCAAGCUCCGAUGCUUCUGCCGCUGCGAGGAGAACUUCCUUUCAAGAGGAAUCUGCAUUCAUAAGUGAAGCUGCUGCUUCAAGACAAGGAAAUAUGCACACUUUGUCAAAAGACGGUUUAUCCAAUGGAGUGCCUCGUAGCAGACAAGCAAAGUUUUCAUAAAUCUUGCUUCCGAUGUUACCACUGCAGCAGUAAACUAAGUUUGGGAAAUUAUGCAUCACUUCAUGGAAAAAUAUAUUGUAAACCUCAUUUUAAGCAGCUUUUCAAAUCUAAAGGAAAUUAUGAUGAA